UCCAUGGUUAGGUCGAGUCCCCUGGCUAACUAGUGAUGAGAACGAAGUCUCUGUCGCUUAGAUCUCUAAAUUCUUUUGUCAAACACACCAAAAAAAACCAAAACCCAAAAGGAGGAAUCGAAUCAGAAGUGGAAUACAGGGAACUUGGGUUUGGUCUCUCGCUUUCAACUUCCACUUUAAAAGGAACAAGAGUGAGUUAAUCAGUGAGUGUGAGAAAGCAAGGAAUUUCAAAGCCAAAUAUAUGAACACUAUUGCACAGUAGCAGCAGCAGCAGCAGCAAUAUUAGGUGUAGCGCUAUUAUAUAUAUUGGCUUGUUUUAACUUGAUAUGGUAUAAUUAAAUAGGUGUGAGAACAGAAAAGGGUCUUUUUCAUUUCCUUCAAUAUAUCUGCUCUUAGGUGACCAUUGAAACAAGUUUGGUUUUUUUCACUUUCCUUCUUUUGAGGUCUCGCCGUCUUUGGAGUUCGGCUCUGCCUUUUGUCUGUGAAGAUUAAUUGGUGGCGCAUUUAAAGUCAAGUCUUUACUAAGGAGAUCUAUAGCAGGAGAGAUUUUCUUUGUUUCUUUAAUUAUAUCGAGUUGUUUCAAGACAUUUAUGGUUAUCUCUGCAAAAUCUUGGAAUUGAAAAUUCUAAAAAAAUUCUUUCUUUAUCCAUCUUCUGCUCUCGUCCAACCAACUGCACAUAAUUGAUAGCCAGAAAACAGGGAAGCAAAAGUUGAUAUAUCAAUUCAAGCCAAAGACAAGCUUUGAAAACUUAGUCAGUGAUAAGCAACGGAUCUGUGAUUUGGGUUUUCUUCUGCAAUUCUUUUACGCGAAAGAGACAUCUCAAGACCCUUUAGUUUGAUCUACCAGGAUUUAGACGUUGCUUUUAGAGAAAAACGAAGACAAUGUUGCCGCAAAAGCAAGCAGAAGAAGCAAUUGUCCCCAACUUUAGCGAGACAGAAAAUGAAGCAAGACAAGAAGAACUAGAAGAUGAACACUCUAUGUUUAAUGUCAAAAGCUUUCUCUGGCACGGAGGCUCCGCCUGGGAUGCUUGGUUCAGUUGCGCUUCUAAUCAAGUAGCACAAGUUUUACUGACACUGCCUUAUUCGUUCUCUCAACUGGGUAUGCUGUCAGGAAUACUGUUCCAAAUAUUCUAUGGACUUAUGGGAAGUUGGACUGCUUACCUUAUAAGUGUUCUCUACAUAGAAUACAGAACUAGAAAAGAAAAGGAGAAUGUUAGCUUCAAGAACCAUGUUAUCCAGUGGUUUGAAGUUCUUGAUGGGCUACUGGGUCCGUACUGGAAGGCAGCAGGACUUGCCUUCAACUGUACUUUCUUACUCUUUGGAUCUGUUAUUCAGCUUAUUGCUUGUGCAAGUAACAUUUACUACAUCAAUGACCACUUGGACAAGAGGACAUGGACUUAUAUUUUUGGAGCUUGUUGUGCUACCACAGUUUUUAUCCCAUCCUUUCACAACUACCGCAUUUGGUCUUUUCUUGGCCUUGGCAUGACCACUUACACCGCCUGGUACCUCACCAUAGCCGCCGUUGUUCACGGCCAGGUAGAAGGAGUAACCCACACGGGUCCAAAAAAGCUGGUGCUAUACUUCACCGGAGCAACCAACAUCCUCUACACCUUUGGUGGACACGCAGUGACUGUAGAAAUCAUGCACGCCAUGUGGAAGCCUCAAAAGUUCAAGUACAUAUAUUUGUUAGCUACACUCUACGUUUUCACAUUAACUCUUCCGUCGGCUUCCGCCGUUUAUUGGGCUUUUGGAGAUGAACUUCUCAACCAUUCUAAUGCCUUCUCUCUCCUUCCCAAAAACGGCUUCCGUGAUGCUGCCGUCAUCUUAAUGCUUAUUCAUCAGUUUAUAACAUUUGGAUUUGCCUGCACACCGCUGUACUUCGUAUGGGAGAAGGUAAUAGGGAUGCAUGACACAAAGAGCAUAUGUCUAAGAGCACUUGCUAGGCUGCCGGUGGUUAUACCAAUUUGGUUCUUAGCAAUUAUCUUCCCUUUCUUUGGGCCCAUUAAUUCAGCUGUUGGAGCUCUUUUGGUCAGCUUCACCGUUUACAUUAUCCCUGCCUUAGCCCAUAUGCUUACCUACAGAAAAGCCUCCGCCAGACAGAAUGCGGCAGAGAAACCUCCAUUGUUCUUACCAAGCUGGACGGCGAUGUACGCGUUAAACGCGUUCAUAGUGGUGUGGGUAUUGGUGGUUGGUUUUGGGUUUGGUGGGUGGGCUAGCAUGACUAACUUUGUCAAGCAAGUUGACACUUUUGGGCUAUUUGCCAAAUGCUACCAAUGCAAGCCUCCUCCACCUCCUACUAUUACUGCUAAUGCUACUAUUACUACUCACCACCACUGAACUAUAGUUACCCGCCUGUGACUUUUGAGAGCCAAAACUCACCAACAUAUUUUGUAUCAUACAUGGGGAGGUAUAGAGCAAUCAAAGUAUCCCUCUACUACAUGUCAUGUGUGCUGGAUUUUGCUUAUUUUUUAGUUGCUUUUCUUUUUUUUUUUUUUAUUUAAUUUUUUUUUUAUUUUCUUAAAUUAGUUCAUAAAAAAUAGUGUGUUUAAUUGUGGUGAUUCCUUUGCUACUAAAGCAUAGGCUAAUUAAUUAAAUCAGAAUAUCAUAUAUAAAUGUUCUUAGCCUUCUUUAAUA